GGCUGCUCCUCCAUGUUCCGCUACCAGGGUGCCAUUUCCCUGAUGAUGAGCCGAGCGGGACGUGUGGGGAGGAGGGGGCCAGGAUCAUCUGCCUUGCUGCCCCAUGCCUUCUCUGUGGUCGUACCCAGGGGCUUCUCAAAACUGUCACGGCAGCCUCCCUCAAAGCUGGGCAUGGGGGGUAUGGUGACCUACACCCACAAGAGCAAGAAAGCUGGGGGCAGAGAGGUGAAGUUAGUUCUGCCCAUAGCAAGCCCGGAGGUGUCGGGCAACCUGCCUGAGAAGGAGGGGAAGGAGCCAGCAGGGGACGCCUCUGGGAAAACAGGGGCCUCAGACAGCAGCCACUUUAUCCAGAUCCUGCAGUUGAAGGAAGAAAACCUGCAGAGAGCCACAAGGCCCCGUUAGGUCAGCCCUGAGGCCUCCACCAGAGAGGAGUGUCUGCUUGAAGGCCUGGACCACCCCACUUGCUGCCAGCCUGUCAGUGAGCACCACCCCAUUCACAGGAGACCUUGUGUUGGCCUCUUCCAGGGUAGAGGCGACUCCCUGGAACCACUUCCACAGUUUGGACAAGGAGCUUCAAAACUCGGCCAUGGCCAAGGUUUGCCCAGUGAGGAGAAAAGCUAGGAAGAGAAAAUGAAGGAAGAGGACAGCUCAUUCAAGCUCUGUGUCCCAGGCAUUGUUGCCCUCCAGUCGCCACUGAACAAGGCUUUCAGAUCCACAGACACAGUGGGUUUCCUGGAGUCAGAGUUGAAGAAGCUUCUGGGAAUGCAGCAAGAGUCCCACCUCUGGAAGCUAGGCAGCCAAGAGGGCCGAGAGCUGCUUACCUGGCCAGAGAUCACCCUGGUGGAGUGCCUGCUUCUUGAGGAGAAGGAUGAGAUGGGAAACUGGCAUCCGGAGUGA